CCAGAUAGAGAUUCACCUCCUUACAGCAGCAUCUUCACUCUCCUUGAGAACCUCGCUGAAGAACCUCGCUGAAACCUGAACUCAAAACCUGUAGAAAACCAGAGACAUGGCCUCUCGAAUUGCAGCUCUGCUCCUGCUGGGUGUCGUCUGUGUCGGCUUUGUUACAGCUGAGAUUGCAGUGGAUUGCUGUCUGAAGACAACUUCGAAACGCUUUCCGCUGAUAAUUGUUUCCAGCUACGUCAUUCAGGAGGCUGGGCAAGGCUGUGAUAUAGGAGCCACAGCGAUUAUUACAAAGGCUGGAAGGACACUGUGCAUCUCCCACCCUAGCGAGGACACGUGGGUGGGAGAUUACAUCAAGCAUCUGGAACGUAAGCAAAGAAAUCAGCAGGCAUAGAGAAGAAGAGGAUUCGGUGAAAAGAUGGCUGAAGAUCAGAAAGGACCGACUCUAAACUGAGAGCAGAAGACCUGAGUCACAGAAAUGACCCCCUUUGCUUUAAAGAAGAUCAAAACAGUGAUGAGAUCAGACAUGUGGGAUGGUAGAGGACUCAGCUUUUUUGUAUGAUGGUUUAUUGUGAGAGCCAAUCAGACAGCAGCUACACUGUAAAGUUCUAUAUGUGUUUCUAUUGAUUUGUUGUGAUUGUGUAAUUUCACCCUUUUGUAAAUGUAUAUUUCCUUUUUCUUAUCAGUGUUGUGAAUGAAAUACUUUGUAGACUUGUGAUGACCUGUAUGUGUGACAGUGAAACCCUGAUCUUUUGUUGUUGAUUUUAUUUUGAGAGGAUCAGGCUUGUAUAUAAAAAUCUGUUUUUUUUAAAGGUUUUAGUGCUGUAGUCGUAUUUUGUACAAAACACUGAGAUGAUUUGUGUUGUUGAAACUAUGUUAAGAGCUUUGCUCAAAUAAAGUUUGAUAUCAUUCUAAA